AUGCACAACAAGGCUGGAUUUAUCCAAAGGUGGAAUGUCCUAACUAUUUCAAGCCUGGUCGCCGUUUUCCUCGGUGUUGGCCUGGGCAUGAUUCUGAAGACCUACAUGCAUCUGUCAGCCCCUGAAAAAGUCUACAUUGGCUUUCCCGGAGAGAUGCUCAUACGCCUGCUUCAGCUGGUUACCGUUCCUCUUAUUGUGUCAAGUGUGAUAACAGGAAUUUGUAGUCUGAGUGGCACCUCCAGAAAAAUCACCAUACGUGCACUAGUAUACUUUGUCAUGAGCACUCUUCUGUCUGUGACUAUCGGAUUAAUAUUGGUAAUAAUGAUGAAGCCCGGGGUCAGCAAAAAUGCUGGAAAAGAGACAGAUGAUGAUGAUGAAAUCUUCUCCACCACUGAUGCCAUAUUGGAUCUAGUAAGAAACAUGGUGCCACAAAAUCUUCUUCUGGCUAGCUUUCAACAGUACAAGACUGUGAAGGUGGAGUUUGAAGUUGAAGAAGCUGAUCACAGUUCCACCCUGGAUGACUUUCUCAUCUUGUUUCAGAACGCCACAGAAGUGCGUCUGGUGAGCAAGCAUAUUGAUGGAAGCAAUACUGUUGGCCUGAUUGUGUGCUCUAUUGUUUUUGGACUGGCCCUCAAAAGGAUGGGAGAAGAAGGGAAACUCCUUGUGGAUAUCCUUAACACCUUCAAAGAAGCCACCAAGCGUGUGGUUAGAAUGAUAAUAGGCUUCAUGCCAAUCGGAGUGAUGUUCAUGACUGCAAGCUAUGUCGUUGAAGUGUCGGACAACUGGGAGACUGUCUUCAAACUCGGGAUGUUUGUGGCAGUGGUCAUUAGUGGGCUGGCUAUCCAUGCAAUAGUAGUUCUACCACUGGUCUACCUUCUGUUCGUGAGACGUAGUCCCUUCGUUUUCAUUCAAGGGAUUUUUCCUGCCUUACUGAGGACCAUGCUCAUCUCGCGCAGCAAUGCAGUCUCACUGACUUUCCGAUGUUUGGAGCAAGUACUCAUGAUUGACAAAAGAAUCACUCGCUUCAUGCUGCCUAUUGGGAUCAAUAUUAACAUGGAUGGAACAGCCCUUUAUGAAGUGGUCGCAGCAGUUUUCAUCGCCCAGCUGAACCACAUUGAAUUGAACUGGAGCCAGCUGUUUACUCUGGGUGUGACAGUAGCAGCGUCCAGCGUGGGAGAAGCAGGGAUCCCAGCGACAGGAACAGUCACCACUCUCUUCAUUUUGACAGUCAAUGGGAUUCCUGUAAGGGACGCUUCCCUUUUGAUGGUUAUAGAAUGGCUGCUAGAUCGCUGCAAUGCUGCUGUCAAUGUCAUGGGAGACUGUAUUGGCGUGGCACUUGUUGAUCAUCUGUCAAAAAAGGAACUGGAAGAAAUGGAUGACCUAGAAGAGGAGACGAGAAGCUGGACACCAUAGUUUCUCUGAUAGUGAGGACCUCCAGGUCCAGAUCCAUCCCAGCAGUAGCUUGGUCCCUGGACACUGCAAAAAGCCAACGGCUCCAAGACAGCAGCAGUAGAUGGGGCAUGUGUAACCUGUAACCUCAACUCAUCCAAAACAGGGUCCGAGUAUCAACAGCAUGAACACAGCUGACUUUGGAAACAAUCCUCCAGUGCCAAAUAU